CACAAGCUCAGAAGAGAUUGUACCCAGCCCACCUUCUCCACCUCCUCCACCGCGGGUCUACAAGCCCUGUUUCGUCUGCCAGGACAAGUCCUCGGGCUACCAUUAUGGAGUUAGUGCAUGUGAAGGGUGCAAGGCCACUGCUGCAGCCCCUAAUCCGAUGGAAUUACCCAGCUGCCCCUCUGUUGCCAGAGCAUUCUUCACACCUUGUGAUGAUAUUGAGCUUCAUUCCUGUGGCUUUCAGGCCCGACCAACAGCGGCACAGCGCAGAGCGAAUGAAGCAGGACGAGGAAAAGGGGCCUUUUGAUUGUGCGCUGGUGUGACUUUUGUCAUGGGUUUGUUAUCAAUGAUUCAGCUCUCCAGGUGAGACGGAUCUCGGCUGUACAAAGGGUGCCUUCGCUCAGGAUCCAUGGGAUAUUUGGCUACCGACGUAAAUGCGUUUUGUGAGGCAAUGUAGAGCUAAUGCUUUAUUUUCAGCUGAAUUGUGCUACAUUUUUUUAGGUAGGAUCUGCAAAGUUGGUUUAAAUGUAUUGCUUUUAUUAUCCAAGUGUUCGAGUUUUGAAACGGAGCAAGCGAAAUUGCUGCCCACUGAAAAAGGAAAUGUGCAAGAAGCAGCUUGCAACUUCACGUAGCGCGUCUACAGCAGUGACUGACCCGCUGAUACUGGUCCAGAAAGAAGCGUUUCAUCUGCAUCUACCACAAUGACCUCCAACGAUGACCUCCAGAAGAUCACAGCUGGCAUGAAUAAAACAUGCCCGAUGAAUGAGAGCUCCUCUGUAGGGAGAUCAGGCCUUUGGGCAGCGCAUUAGAAAACCAUUUCGGCUCGGCUCGGCGAGCACACGUUCUGUCACACAUCUGCCAUGCUCACCUUUUCCUUUAUUACUUUUUCAUAGCAGAGACCGAGUGUGAGAGGGACAUGUCCUUGCAGCAUGCGAGACAUGUCCUUGGACACACGCUUUGGCUGAAAUGACAUGAGUGUUUUUAGAUGGCAGCCGCUGGACAGACCUGUCAAAAGCACACACAUACUAAAAGCUUCCCCUGGGUGGCCUGGCUGAUAUGCUGAAGGCUUUUCCACUAAAAGCCUUCGGGAUAAUUGUUUCUAAACCAGAGAGGGACGAUGUUGUUGUUGUUGUUGUUUUGUUUUUUUACUGUAGGCUCGCUUUGAAAACGGUAGCAUGACUGGGAUGCUUAUUUAGAUGCCGUUCAUUUGUAGGUGGCGUAACACCAAUCACAGCAGAUUCGCUUAUCAGGCUUUUUCCGAAGAAGCAUUCAGAAGAACAUGGUGUACACCUGCCACAGAGAGAAGAGCUGUAUCAUCAACAAGGUGACCCGAAACCGCUGCCAGUACUGUCGGCUGCAGAAGUGCCUGGAAGUGGGCAUGUCUAAAGAAUCUGUGCGGAAUGACCGGAACAAGAGGAAGAAGGAAGAGAAGAAGCAGGAGUGUUCGGAGAGUUAUGUCUUAAGUCCUGAUACGGAGCAGAUGAUCGAGCGGGUAAGGAAGGCCCAUCAGGACACCUUCCCCUCCCUGUGUCAGCUGGGCAAAUACACCACGAACAACAGUGCAGACCACAGGGUCGCUCUGGACGUUGACCUGUGGGACAAGUUCAGUGAACUCUCCACCAAAUGCAUCAUUAAAACGGUGGAGUUCGCCAAGCAGCUGCCCGGCUUCACCACGCUCACUAUCGCAGAUCAGAUCACCCUGUUAAAGGCCGCCUGUCUCGACAUCCUGAUUCUGCGGAUAUGUACGCGCUACACACCGGAUCAGGACACCAUGACGUUUUCAGACGGUCUGACACUGAACCGCACGCAGAUGCACAACGCUGGCUUCGGUCCACUGACGGAUCUGGUUUUCGCUUUCGCCAACCAGCUCCUGCCUCUGGAGAUGGACGAUGCAGAGACGGGGCUGCUCAGCGCCAUCUGUCUGCUGUGUGGAGAUCGGCAGGAUCUGGAGCAGUCGGAUAAGGUAGACGUGCUUCAGGAGCCGCUGCUGGAGGCUCUCAAGAUCUACGUGAGGAAGAGGAGGCCUCAUAAACCACACAUGUUCCCCAAAAUGCUGAUGAAGAUCACAGACCUGAGGAGCAUCAGCGCUAAAGGAGCCGAGCGAGUAAUAACGCUGAAAAUGGAGAUCCCCGGCUCCAUGCCUCCGCUCAUUCAGGAGAUGCUGGAGAAUUCAGAGGGUCUGGAGGGUGGCGGCGGGGCGAGGGGGGGAGGAGGAGGAGGAGGAGGAGGAGGAGGAGCACCACCAGGAAGCUGCAGCCCCAGUUUGUCUCCCAGUUCGGCACACAGCAGCCCCUCUGCUCACUCCCCCUGAGUGUCAUCUCCAGACAGGGAGCGAAACGAAACUGGUUCCAAACCAGAAAUAAGCCUCAGCCGACCAGCGCCAGAAACCAGAUUUCCGGUAGACUUUGACCCGGGCUGACCGGACCCGAACACUUAAUCUGGCCGGCUUUCAUUAGCUGAAGACCAAUCGAGUCAUACACAGGUCGAGCCUGCUCAAAACUCACGCUGUCAUUAAAACCAUUCAGUGACUACCAGAGCCCUGCAGCUUUUCACGUGACGGUGGUCUCCGAAGACGGCAGAACAAACGUCCCGUGCGUGCAGAAGCGGCUCUAUACCGCGUCUUCCCAGCUCUGCUCCCAUCACACAAACUGUGAAGGCCCAGACAAGCUCUCCCUCUCGUCUGAGGGACGCUUUCUCUUGAGCCUGUGACUUUUAUUUUAUAAAUUUCAAUCCCUUAAAAGCAAGCUAAAGGACAUUAGGACGUCAAAUGUCCGCAAGUCAGGGACAUUUUGAACUUUCCAGCUGUUUUGGUUCUGUUUCUUUGUUUUCUUACAAAAAGAUAUAUGAAUAUAUGAAAUCUAUAUUGACAGAAAAAUGAGAUUUGAAUUUUGUGUCUUAGGUGGAAUGCAGAACAGUUCUUAUCUUUUCUCUCUCACUUUUCUCUCAAGAGUUAAACACGGUUAUGGUCGACCCACUGUUCCGCUCACUCCCAGACAGUCCCGUUCACGUCACGCACAAGGGCACGUCACGCUAGCACUGAAAAUCAUGCGAUGGGCUUGAAACGCAAUUUCGUCCAGUGAGGAAGUGAUUUGGAGACGUAUUCAGAAUGAUCAACUUGGCAGAUUGAUGCAAAGAAAUGAAGGAUCUCAUGUAAACAAGCAGGUUGUGAUUCAUGGUGAUGUGUAUGAGAUCUCGGAGCGGGAAAUGCCUUUGUGUAGCUUUUUAAUAUUGUUUCUUAAUUUGCUCUUCAUUUUUGUAUUUGUCGGAGAUCCCCCACACACAAAGUAUUAGCAGAUUUUAAAAUAAAAAGAGGUUUCCAAACCUAAUGUGUCAAAAAGAAUACAAGACGUAUUUUUAACGAGAAGCCCACAAGAAAAACAUGUCACUUCAGGAGUAUGGAGAAUGUUGUAAUUGAGUAUUUAAAACAGAAUUUCAUGCCUUCCUCCUUUUUUUUUUUUUUUUUUUUGCCUGCACCUCAGUUUGUGAUUAGAUCUGUUUCUAAUCAUCUGGUGUGUGUGUGUGUGUGUGUGUGUGCUGAGAUGCUUCCACCGCCGCAUCCUUCUCCUCUGUAACCUUACAACAUCACUGCCUCUGCUCUCCUGCAACAAUCAUUGAACAAUUGUCAACAACAACACUGCCUCUGUGUGACAAUCACUUUAAGUAAAGCUCACAAACAACUCUGCCUCUGUAACACACACUGAUCCGCACCAGACAUGUUUUGCUUAGUUUUUUGGGUCAGAAAUCAUCAAACAAGUACUGAUUUCACAAUUACGGUUGCCUAGAAAUGCUUUAAGGUAAUAAUACAUUGUAUCAACGUUUCUGAUAAUGUAGCAUUCUUUUUGUUUGAAAGGAAAUUGUCAUUAUUUACUCAUUUUCUUCCAAACCAUGUGAACUUUCUGUUGUGCGUGUGUGUGUUCAGCAAAAGAAAGUCAAUCAGGUUUGGAAUAACAUGAUUUUUUUUUUUUUUUUUUUUUUUUGGGAGAACUGUACCUUUAAGUCAAACAUUAGCUCGAUUAAAAUGAAUACUUUCAGAAAGCUCCAUACAAUCCAGUUCUGGCGGAUCACUGUCAGCAUAUCAUUAUUGCACCAGUUUACAACAGCUCUGCCUCUGCAUCACGUCUGCUUGAACCCGUUCUCACGUGCAGUGGGCCGCAACGACUUUAACAUGUUCCUUUUGAGGGUGAAGUGAGCCGUUUCACUGCAACUAUGCACACGACAUGCACAGAGCUCGAGUCUGUUCACUUCUAUCUACCUGUUGUGAAAAUCACAAGCCUCUUCCAGCCGCUCAGUACUGUCCGUUUCAUUUGAUUCUGCAUUCGAAGUUUCACCGCUUUCGAGCCAUACUGCAUCACAGACCUCGACGGGCCUCUUCUCUCACUCAAAGGAUGACGGAGAUCUACACGACAUACAGCACAAACCCUGUACUGCUUUAACGGUUGUUAUACAGUCAAACGCACAAAUGUUUCUGUUGUAUCAGGUCCCUGGAUGAUAAAGUAAUGUUUAAUAAAGACUUCUGUUUUGUGUGUUUCUGAU